AUGUUCAAUAUUUUGUCUUGGAAUGUUCGAGGUCUGAACGACCUCGUGAAGCGUCGAUGUAUUAGGUCGGUUGUUUCUGCUUAUUCCCGCUCGGUUGUCUGUUUCCAAGAGUCCAAAAUCGAUACCGUGUCACGGUCCUUUCUUCGCUCAUGUUGUGGCUCUUCUAUCGACAGAUGUCAUUUUGUUCCAGCUAUCGGUGCGUCUGGUGGCAUUAUCACGUGCUGGAAUUCUAAAGUCCUCUCAUGCUCCGAAGCUCUAAUCAGACAACACUCACUUACUCUCCUCCUUACUCACCUAGGAAGUGGGAAAAGCUUCUACCUAACCAAUGUUUACGGACCACCUUCCUGGACUGGGAAGGAUGCAUUUUGCUCUGAGCUCACCGACCUGAAUCACAUUUGUUCCUCCAAUUGGAUUAUCUGUGGCAACUUCAACUUCACCAAAAACCAAUCAGAGAGAAAAGGCAAUCGUUGGAGCUAUAAGGCCAUGACCAUGUUCGCUGAUCUCAUCAACCAUCUUGUGAUGAUUGAUUUACCGCUUUCCAACCAAAGCUUCACCUGGUCGAACAUGCAACAUCAGCCCUCCAUGGCUAAGCUUGACAGAUUUCUCGUCUCUAUUCAAUGGGAUAGAUCCUAUCCCCACUGCAAGGUCAAGGCCCUCCCCAAGAUAACCUCUGACCACUGCCCAAUCCUUCUAUCUACCGCCAUCCUUAGCGCACCGCGAAGGUUCCGGUUCGAGAAAGUCUGGCUCACUAGAGACGAUUUUCACUCCAACAUGACCCUCUGGUGGAAUAAAGUCCCGCCUAAGAACUCGGCCAUCCUCACUUUCACCGCAAAGCUCAGACACUGCAGAACCAGGAUCAAAGAAUGGUGCAAGACAAACUUUCACAACAUCUCAAACACUAAGAGAGCAAUUCAGGACGAACUUCAGCAGAUCGACCUGCUCGAGGAGCAACUCAACUUGCCACAGCUACUUAACCCUGACUCCCUGACGACGAACUUCACGAUCGACGAAAUCAAGACCGCCACCUUUCAACUAGCCGCUGACAAGGCCCCAGGUCCAGAUGGGUUUUCCCUAACCUUCUUCCAAACUUUCUGGGAAACAAUCAAAGAGGAUAUCUACAAUGUUUUCAUCGACCUACAAAAUGAUAGACUUUUCUCUAGCCCUAUUGAUUUCUCCUUCGUGUGUCUCUUCCCCAAAAAAAAAGGAACGCGCAGAGCAACCGACUUCCAACCGAUUAGCCUCAUCAAUGGACUGCAGAAAAUUAUCUCCAAAAUUCUAGCCAAUAGACUAGCACUUACCCUGCCGUUCAUUAUAACCUCUACGCAAUCAGCCUUCCUAAAGGAUCGGUUGCUCACCGACUCUUUCACCAUUGCCAGCGAACUAGUCAACUGGUGCUCGACCUCGAGUAACGAUUGCGCACGUCUCAAAGCAGACUUCCAAAAGGCCUUUGACAAUGUCAGUUGGUCUUUCCUCGAACGUGUCUUGCGAUGGCUAGGAUUCAACGAAAAGUGGUGGACCUGGAUUAAACAAUGUGUCUGUAACGCCAAAAUUGCCAUUCUGGUAAACGAUACCCCUACCCCUUGGUUCAAAGCACAGAAAGGGCUCAGACAGGGCGAACCUCUCCCCGCGUACCUAUUUCUGUUGGUCGUUGACUGCCUGGCCAGGCUCACCGAAGCUGCUAGGGACAACAACCUGCUCCAAGGCAUAGGCCCGUCGGCCGACACUAAGACGGUGCUAAUUCAAUAUGCAGAUGACACUCUCUUCUUAUGCGAGCCAAGCAAAAAAAUACUUGAAAAACCUACUGUUUAUCCUGAAAAUCUUCGAAUGGGCAUCUGGCCUCAAAAUCAACAACUCCAAAUCGGAGUUGUACUACUUGGGUCAGCAUCCUCUAAAAGCAAACAGACUCGCCAACAUCAUUGGAUGCAAAGUAGGCUUCUUCCGUUCUGCUAUCUAAGCUUACCUCUCCAUACCAAACGACUUCGCAAAAAUGACCGGGACCUGAUUAUCAACCGCGUAUACACCAGAAUCGAUGGAUGGAAAGCUAAAUUGCUGUCCUAUGGCGGAAGACUAACCAUUGUCAACUCGGUCCUUACCAACCUAACUUUAUUCUACCUAUCCGUCUUUAAAGCUCCCAAAUGGGUUCUACUAAGGAUUGAAGCCCUACAUAGAGCAUUCUUCUGGAAAGGGUGUUCUAAAAUAUCUAGAGGAGCAUGUCUCGUCAACUGGAAAUCCAUCUGCAAAAGCAAAAGGGACGGGGGACUUGGAAUUUUAGAUCUGGAAUCCAUGAAUGCAGCACUGCUCAGCAAAUGGUGGUGGCGUUUCUUCACUGAACCACAACUGUCGUGGUGCAAUCUAGUUAAAACCCUCUACUACACGAGACGUAGCCCGUUACAUGAAGGUACAGGUUUUGUACCGCACUCACAGUGGUGGAAAGGAGUACUACGAUAUCGGGAUGUCUUCAGAUGCAGUAUAACUCACGACCUGGGUGACGGGAGGAACAUCAGACUCUGGACUGAUAUUUGGAUUGGAGAAGCGCCCCUUAGCACCGUGUUCCCAAACCUGUUCGCCCAGACCAGGAACAAGAAUGUCAAAGUCUCACAAUCCUGGAGCGCUCGUGGAUGGAGAUGGCGCUUCCUUUGUAGGGGCUUCUCGGACUCAACCUCCAGUGUUAGUGGCAGACAAUUAGCCCAAUUCAAAGACCACCUCAUACACAACAGCCCACAAAACUCACCUGACAAACUAAAAUGGAGGUGGACCGCGAAUCAACAAUUUACCGUAAAAUCGGUCUACAACUUCAUCACAGACUUAGGCCACAGAGACCCCGCUAAUAUCUAUAUCUGGCGGCUGAAAAUCCCACCCAAAAUCAAAAUCUUCACCUGGCUGUUGCUACGCAAAAGAUUACCCACUGCUGACAGGCUGCUGAUUUGCGGAUUGAUAGUGGACGAACAUUGUGUAUUCUGCGCCUCUUCCACGGAAAACUGCGACCACCUUUUCUCCAAUUGUGUCUUCAUCCGUUUCCUUUUACUUUCCUCAGCUGCCGGGGUCAUCCAGUCUUACACCAGCGGGGACGUCCGUGAUCUCUGA